AUGCAAUUCUUAACCGGUUACAUCUGCAUUAUUGCAACUCUUAUGAACAUCUCGCUUCAAGUCGUGGCACAAGCCCCAGCUGGUCCUGGCGCUGUUGACGCCGAAACAUCAGAUGUAAUGGCGGCGUUGGGGGGCGGAAAACCAGGCGCCGGGAAGUCAACCGGGAAGGGUGCCGGCGGCAGCAACGCAAUGCAAACGAACCUCGUCAGCGCUAUCGAUGGUUUCCUCAGGGAACCGGUUCCACAGGGUGCCAGCGGAAACGUCUUUCAAUUGGUCAUUCAGUAUCUAGAGAAGGCUGGCGGAGGCGCCGGAGGAGCUGCAGGAGGUAGCGCUGGCAAAUCUGGUAGAUCCGGUGUCUCAAGAGGCGGAAAGCGUUCUUAG